AUGAUCUCUCAGGGGGCUGCAGCGGCUGCCACCACCGGCUCCAGCAGCACCAACAGCGCGGGCGCAGACGCCGCCGACCUGUGCGAUCUCUCGCCCGUGCCCACGCUGGUCGUGUCGCCGGCCUUUCGCAUCCAGCGAGUGUCCAAGGGCGUCGAGGACGCGUGGCAUCGCGGCCGGCACGAGUUCCUGGGUAAGGAUCUGUUCACCGCGCUGUAUGGAGGCUCGCCGCUGGAGCGCUUCGACCGAAUCCCCCUUGUCCGCGCCAUCGAAGAGGCCGUGGCCACCCGCAACUUUCGACUCUGCUACGCCGUCUACACCGCGCGCGGAGUGACCUGGUCGGCGCGAAUCAUCCCCAUCUUCAGAGGCGACGAGAUGCUGUCGCUGGUUCUGGACUGGGACCGGGUCGAGCCCAAGACGGCCGACGCUGGCGGCGAGGUCAUCCAGAGCGCCCUCUCCGUCGACGAGGUGCUCCGCCUUCUCAUCCAGACGGUCAAGGACUAUGCCAUCUUCCUGCUCGAUACCCGCGGCUACGUGGCCACCUGGAACACCGGCGCUGAGCUGCUCAAGGGCUACAAGAGGGAGGAGAUCGUUGGCAAGCACUUUUCAACUUUCUACGGAGAAGACGAUCUGCAAGCUGGCAAGCCCGAGGACGAGCUUCUAACCUGCCUGCGCGAGGGCCGAGUGCAGGAUGAAGGCUGGCGCUAUCGCAAAGACGGAACCCGCUUCUGGGCCAACGUUAUCAUCACGGCCUUGUAUAGAAAUGGCGUCCACAUCGGCUUCGGCAAGGUCACCAGAGAUUUGACUGAGCGUAGAGAGGCUGAGCUGAGGCUCGUUGCUGCCUACGAAGAAAGCGCAAAACUGAAAAACGACUUCCUCGCCAACAUGAGCCACGAGAUUCGGACUCCAAUGCACGGCAUGCUCUCGGCCUGUACUCUCCUACUAGACACCAAGUUAGACGAGGACCAGCGUGAGACGGCCAACAUCAUUUCGGAAUCGGGCCAGAUUCUGCUGCAGGUCAUCAACGGCAUCCUCGACUAUUCGAAGCUGGCAUCGGGCAACUUUUCUGUUAACACAGACUUGGUUGGCGUUGCGAGCAUCAUUUCUUCGGUGGUAAAGAAUGUACAGAUGACACUGGUUCCAGGAGUAUACAUCAAACUCGUUUUGGCGCCUGGACUGCCUAAAUCUGCUCAGGGCGACCCGCUCCGCUUCCGGCAGAUUUUCCAAAACAUCAUCGACAACGCUGUCAAGUUUACCGAGAAAGGAUCCGUUCAAGUUGAUGCCUCCAUAUCUGCCGAGGACGAGACAUCGUACACAAUACUCACCCAGGUGACUGACAGUGGAAUCGGCGUGCCCGAAGAUGAUGUUCAAAAUUUGUUCAAGCCGUUUACACAACUCGAGAAGCCCACGAAGAAACGAUUUCAGGGAACCGGAUUAGGGCUGUCCAUAGCCAAGUCUCUGGCCGAAUUAUUAGGCGGCCAGAUGGGCUAUCGACCGAACCCCGAGCACAGCGGCAGCAUAUUUUGGUUUACGGUGAAGCUCAAGAAGAUUGCCAACUUUAACCAACUCGGUAUUCCUGACAUGCAACUCGAUCAAGAAGCCGCAAAGUCUCAACAAGAUUCCGAGAAAGAAAGGAUGCUACGCCGGAUUAGGGAGAUGGCACCGCACAAGCGAAUUCUCGCCGCAGAAGACAAUCUUGUUAAUCAAAAAGUGCUGAGUCGUGUUUUGAACUCACUUGGCUUUCAAAAUUUUACCAUCGCUUCCAACGGAGCUGAGGCUGUUUCUCUACUGAGUGCUUCGCCCAACGCCUACGACCUAGUUCUCAUGGACAUUAGUAUGCCAAUCAUGGAUGGCUUUGAAGCCACUAGAAAGAUUCGGACAUAUGGCAACCCAAUUCCUAUCAUAGCCAUGACGGCUUAUGCCCUUAGAGGAGACAAUGAAACCUGCCUAGAAAAAGGAAUGGAUGAUUACAUCUCGAAACCCGUUAAUAUCAACAAGUUGUUACAAAAGCUUCUUACAUGGCUAGAUUCGCCCGACUGGUCUAAAACUGGAACUAGUGAACCAACUUGA